GUGCGGGCGCCCGGGGGCAGGUCCUCUGGUCCUCCCUGUUUUACAGAGGAGGAAACUGCGGCAUAGACCAGCUGAGUGACUUGCAGGCAGCCACGCCGCUGCGAACUAGCAGGGGAAAGGCCAAAACGCUAGCUUGUGUUUGGAAGGGUGUCCUGACCUCGAGGAGGCAGAAGUUUCCAGAACACUGGCACUAACACGGCUCACUUGUUUCCUUUUGAAUCCAUUCUUUUAUAGGAAACGACCAGCCAGGCUCUGCCAGGUGCUGGGGAUAGAGAGAUGAAGAAGGCAGUCACAGCCCAAUUUUAGGUAGUUACAGUCUAGCCAGAGAAAAAAAUUAAUCUAACGAUCGACCACAAAUUGUGUUUUGAAGGAAAAGUACCGCAGGGCUGUCUGGCAAUUGCGGUGUUAAAGGUUUGGGCUUACAUCCGUAUUUAAACCAGCUUUUACAAUAAUUAUUCUAGGUUUCUGCAGUUCCCUGAUGGUAUAUGUCGCUAAAGGGAGGCUGGGCUUAGAUAAAGCAAAUUGUGUAAUUCUUAGAUACUAUUUUCCACCCUCCAGUUCUCAGGAAUUGAGUGUAUUUCCGUGAUUUCCAUUGAAUAUAUUUGAUCUCUGGUGUACAAAGCAUCAUUAAUAUUUAGAGAAAUCGUGAGAUGUGAAAGCGCAAGACGAGAGGUUGAGUCCUCUUUCGUCAGAUCUUCAGUUUGGAUCUUGGAGGUAUAUCAGCAGUGGUUCUAAAUGGCUAUGAUGUAGUAAAGGAAUGCCUUGUUCAUCAAAGUGAAAUUUUUGCAGACAGACCAUGCCUUCCUUUAUUCAUGAAGAUGACAAAAAUGGGAGGCUUACUCAAUUCCAGAUAUGGCCGAGGAUGGGUUGAUCACAGAAAAUUAGCUGUAAACAGCUUUCGCUGUUUUGGAUAUGGCCAAAAGUCUUUUGAAUCUAAAAUUUUAGAAGAAACCAAAUUUUUCAUUGAUGCUGUUGAAACAUACAAUGGUAGCCCUUUUGACUUUAAACAAUUAAUAACAAAUGCCAUUUCAAACAUAACCAAUCUGAUAAUUUUUGGAGAACGAUUCACUUAUGAAGACACUGAUUUUCAGCACAUGAUUGAGUUAUUUAGUGAAAAUGUGGAACUAGCCACCGACGCCUCAGUCUUCCUCUAUAAUGCCUUUCCAUGGAUUGGCAUCUUACCUUUUGGAAAACAUCAACAACUGUUUAGAAAUGCAGCUGUGGUCUAUGACUUUCUCUCCAGGCUUAUUGAAAAAGUUUCCAUCAACAGAAAGCCUCAGUUACCUCAGCAUUUUGUUGAUGCUUAUUUAGAUGAGAUGGAUCAAGGUAAAAAUGACCCAUCAUCUACUUUCUCCAAAGAAAACCUGAUUUUCUCUGUGGGUGAACUCAUCAUUGCUGGAACUGAAACUACAACCAAUGUGCUACGGUGGGCAAUUCUUUUCAUGGCCCUUUAUCCUAACAUUCAAGGACAAGUUCAGAAAGAGAUUGAUUUAAUUAUAGGACCCAGUGGGACACCUUCUUGGGAUGACAAAUGCAAAAUGCCUUAUACCGAGGCAGUUUUACAUGAAGUUUUAAGAUUCUGUAAUAUAGUGCCAUUAGGGAUUUUCCAUGCAACCUCUGAGGAUGCAGUUGUACGUGGUUAUUCCAUUCCUAAAGGCACAACAGUAAUUACAAAUCUUUAUUCUGUACACUUCGAUGAAAAGUAUUGGAGAGACCCAGAAAUAUUCUAUCCAGACCGAUUUCUGGACAGCAAUGGAUAUUUUGCCAAGAAGGAAGCUUUGGUUCCCUUUUCCCUAGGGAGAAGACAUUGUCUUGGAGAACAGCUGGCUCGGAUGGAAAUGUUCCUGUUUUUUACAACAUUGCUUCAGCGAUUUCACUUGCAUUUUCCACAUGAACUGGUUCCAAAUCUGAAGCCCAGGUUAGGCAUGACGUUGCAACCCCAGCCCUACCUCAUCUGUACAGAAAGACGCUGAAAGUGCCUGGCUGUUUUGUGGAACAAGGUGUUUGCCUCACCCCUGAACCUUGUUUAUACAGUGUGUGUGUUUGUAUAAGGAUCACAGCAUCAUAAAAACCAAAUGAACACAGAUGUGUCUUUAAAGACUGUAAUAAUAAGCAUUAGCUAUUACUUUUUCCAACUUUUUAUGACUUAUAAGGUGGAAUUAUCUGAGGAAAACAGAGGUACAAAUGACAGUUGUUGCUUAAGAUACUAAGAAGGGCCAUCGAUGACCUGACUUUUCAGCCUGUUGUUGAGCACCAGGUACCCCUCAUCCCUUCUUGACUGCAAUUUGCUCCUUUCUGGGCUCUUUGCUUCCAAAUGUCAAUGCCAGCUCCUUUCUGAUCAGGUAUUGCCAUUAAUAGAUUGUGUGGUACUAGUCCAGUUUAAUAGUGGACUAAAGAAGAAAUUAAAACCCAAAUAAAUGAGUUUGGACUACAGAGGUAGUUUAGACAUGGUGGCAGAUGAUAGAAUAGAUAGCUAUACAGUAUAUUUAAUGUAAAACCUGCCAGUGCUUUCAAAUCUUGCUUCCUACUAUAGCUUCAUAAGAGUUGCGGCGUCAUUCUUCCUACAAACGAGGGUCCCUGUGACCCUCAUAGCAGCAGUUAAGUAGAUAGGAAAUUACAAUAAGUUAUUUAAAAAUGACACAUAUGGGGCUUCCCUGGUGGCACAAUGGUUGAGAGUCUGCCUGCCGAUGCAGGGGACAUGAGUUCGUACCCCAGUCUGGGAAGACCCCACAUGCCGCGGAGUGGCUGGGCCCGUGAGCCAUGGCCACUAAGCCUGCGCGUCCGGAGCCUGUGCUCCACAACGGGAGAGGCCACAACAGUGAGAGGCCCACAUACCGCAAAAAAAAAAAAAAAAAAAAAACAAGGCAGAAGAUUGAGUGGUCUUCCGUCUCUCUCAGUGAGUAAAUAAAUAUUACCAAUACUGUUCAGUUGUUUAUUCAGCGUCAAUGCGAAGUUUGAAGAUUUAGCCUUUGUGAAUAGUCUGCCUGUGACAAGUACGGAAGAGGUUAUUUUCAAAGACGAUGAGAAAACACUGAUUCAGCACAACCUAAGAUGGAAUCUGCUAAGAUGUGUUACAAUUGAUAGUAAAAAUAUAUGUGGAGCAUUAAAAGGCAUAGUUGUACAAAUUGUAUUAUCAGCAGGUACUUUGCAGAAAGUGCUUGAAUCUAUCAUGUGUUAUAAAACCAGUAGUGUCAACAGUGAACUUCAUUUAUUCUUAUGAACUUAACCAUCAUCAGUUUUGUGAAUUUUUGUCAGAAAUAGGAGCUGAAUAUCCUGACCUGCUCUACCACACUUCAAUGAUUUAGCAGUGAUAACACUUUAUUGCAAAUUUUUUGAGCUCAGGGCCAAGAUUGAAAUAUUUCUGAAUGAGGAGAACCACCUUUAACUACUGUUAUCAAGUACUGAAUGACUCUGGACAUUGGCCUUUAGAGCAGGUAAAGUCAUUUCAACAACAACCUAACACUUUCUAUACUUCUUGUGGUGUCAACAGUUAAAACAAGAAGUUAGGCCUCCAUCCCCAUGCAGCCUUUCAGCAGAUAAAUUUUGUGAGCUCAAACUAAAGUUCCAGAAACUCUUUUUUGGACCUCGAUGCAAAUGCAAAAAAAAAAUCCUUAUUUCAAAAUUUAUUUAACUGUGUAGUUGAGGAGCUUCCACCUAACCUUCAAUUGCAAGUGUUUAGUCUGCAAAGUAAUGACAUGCUAAAAGGCAAAUAUCAGAGAAUUUAAUAGAAUUCUAUAAAUGCCUUCCCAGUGAUUAAUAUACUUAAUUAAAAUCAGAUGCUCAUGGAUUGAUAUCAGAAUUUGGCAGUACCCAUCUGUGUAAAAAGGCACUUUCAAAUAUGAAACAUGUAAAUCUCAUUACAGAUCAGCAUUAACAGAUGAACAUUUGUAAUGUUUUGAAUGACAGGAAACACACACUUUGAACCCUAAUUAAGCAAAAUUUUAUCUCCUAAAAAAGAAUUCCCUUUUUCUCAUUAGUGGAUCAAUAUUACUUUUUUAAAAAAAGUACUUAAUGUAGUAUUACUAUAUUAUAUUAUGAAUGUCAUCAAUAAAAAUCUUGUAGAAAAUUGUUUCUCUUUUAUAUAAGUACCUACAUAAUGUGCUUGGUCUGCAAAGCCUAAAAUAUUUACUGUCAGCCCCUGUACAAAAAAGUUUGCUGAUUUUGGAGUUAGAAAAACUAGUAGCUAGGGGCGACAGCAUAAAUACUCAAAAUAACAAAAGAGAAUAAUCCAGAAAUAGAAUUUUAAUAAUCAUAAGAAAUUGAUUUAUCAAUUAAAUGCAAAGAAGUUUGAAGACCUGAAAUGGAUAAUCUCUAUGAAAAUAUAAUUUACCAAAGAUGACCCUAGGAAGACAAAGUCUUAACAGACCAGAUUUCAUUAAAAAAAAGUUGCCAAAGAUGUGACCCUCAGAAAACUAUUUGAGCUGUUCUAGAGCAUAGAAACAAAAGGAAAAUUUUGAAUGCUAUUUUAGAAUCAAAACAACAGCAAACAUGGAUAUCAAUUUAAAAGUCCUAAAUAAAUUAUUAAGAAAAGAUCCAGGGCUUCCCUAGUGGCGCAGUGGUUGAGCGUCUGCCUGCUGAUGCAGGGAACAUGGGUUCGUGCCCUGGUCUGGGAAGAUCCCACAUGCCGCGGAGCAGCUGGGCCCGUGAGCCAUGGC